GCGCGCGCGCGCCGCAUACAGUCGCGUCCGUUGGCAGUCCUGCCGCCGGAAUAUGGCAACACGAAGUACCGAGACAGAGAGGUCUACACAUCCAUCCAUCCAUCCAUACACUGUGCGGUGCCCCGUUGCACGUCGGGUAACCGAACAUGUACGUAUGUGCUAUACGAGCGACGUAGCGUGUUUCUCAAAGUGUGUCGCGGUGUUUGGCCCAACUCGGCUCGGCUUGGCUCAGCGUGCCUCAACUUGUCUCGGCUCGAUUCACGGGUUUGUGUUUCUGCUUGGCGAUAGUACGCGCGCGAAAUCGCGCAGUGGUCGAGGCGUUCUUGGCGGCCUCCUGGUGGUGCGCUCUAAGGCGGGCUAGAAACGAAGCGAGUAGCCGCGAAAGAGAGCGAGAGAGUGAGUGAUAGUGUGAAAGUGAGAGAGACGGACAAAGCGAGUGAUAAGGACAGGCGUAGCGAAGGGAGAGAGAGAGAGAGAGAAAGAGAGACAUAAGAGGGAAGGAAAGAGAGGGAUAGAGAUAGGCAGAGAGAGAGAGAGAGAGAGGGACAGAGCGCGCGCGCGCGCGCGCGUUCAUGCUCGCGCUCGCGCUUUCCAUCUUUCACGUUCCUGGGACGCUCGCUGGUUCCUUACGCGCCAUAUAUAUAUACGUGUGCACAUGUAUUCGUACGUAUAUACGCACACCGUAUCGUCGCACGAGACUCCAUCAGCCGGGUCCAUCCGGAGCGGAUCUGAGAAGGUGCACGUUGGAGGUGCAUUGAAAGUUGCACGAAAACUGCGAAAACGGUUCUCUAUGCGAUCCUACGUGAGCUAAAAUGCCCGACGUAACUGGUAUCAACGACGUCAGCAUCGAAGCAGUUAGAUCUCGCAGCCAAUUGUGUACCUGCUGUCUCGUGAAUACAUUUUGGAGCUACUCCCGCCGCCAAUUACGUCGUUGAAAUUACCACCGCUCUUUAAACUACUAAUUUUCUCAUGGUUGUUGUGACAGAGUAUGCUCGGGAUUCCGGAGGGAGACUCGCUUGAGAGCCAGUUGCGACGACGUGUUUCACAGACACUGAGAAAGGUUCUGAUAAAUGUGCAAUAACACUCUUGAUGGUGACAUGUAUCUAGGGAUUGUGCGCUGACUGAUGAUUCAUAUGGAUGUAGCUUAUAGAGAUACGCUUGUAUAAUAUAUUUGACAAUUUUAGUAGCACAAGAGUAAUAAGUUACCGAAGCAAAGGGAACCGUUAGUAAUAAUAGCAGGAUUCAUAUAUGCUAUCGUGCCAUCUAGUGUUGCGAUUCUACAUUUGUUUACAUACACAUAUCUGUAUGUAAUUGUGAAGAUAACCCUUCUACAUACGAAUUAUGUGAAAUAUCUUAAAUCUUUGCCAAGACCACAUAGUGUAACUUCUAAAAAUAUUCUUUGUUAUAUAGCCGUAUCUCCAAUAUUGUAUCAGGAAAUAAUCUUUAUUGAUACUGCUGAUAUUUCUCUAAGAGUAGACUUAAGAGAAAUCCCUUGAUAUCCACCAAUGUUGAUUUUAUAAAAAAAUUGGAUCGAAUCCGAACUUUGCCAAGAUGUGUGAGCAAACAGAAAUCAACUACUUAGAUGGAGAUGUAGUCUGGGUUAAACUGGGAGCGUGUUGGUGGCCUGGACAAGUUACUGGAUUUCAUAAUUUGCCAGAAGACAUACAGGCCGAAUUGCAGAAAAAACCGUUGAUUGCUGCUGUAAAGUUUUUUCAAGAAGAUACCUACGAAUAUGUGAAAAAUUACCAGCAGAUCUACAAAUACAAUUGCACACUCAAAGAUGAUUUUAUCAGAAAAGGUUUAGAUAAAUAUAGGAGUAAGAGUAAGGACGGCGCUAGUUACAUGGACAAAUUUCCGGGCGAUGUAGAGAUGGCGGAAAAAUUAACGGGCGGAGACCCCGAUAUAUUGAAUCAGGAGAAAUUCUGCCCAGAGGAGAAACCAGACAUCUCCGGUUUGUUCGGCGAGAAGAAGAUCCCGAAGAAGAAACGCGAUCGCGACGACAUGAAUAGGCGAAGUGAAGGCUCGGAUAUUAUGAAGAAGAUCACACAUCCGCGCUUCUUACGAGGAGAGAGCGAUCACGAAGUUCGCAUUCGCCAGCAACCCAGCAAUUUACCGUCGACUCCGACUAGUACAGGUUCUCCGCAAUAUCCUUGUCACGUUUGUGGCUUUACUUCUUCGCGUGUUAACGUUAUCAUCUGUCACUUGAAGAUUCACCGAUCUGGCGGCUCACCAUCACCGCGAUCGAAGGUUAAAACGUAUUCUCAAUCGCACAGUAGAAUAUCCGACACGAGUACACCGAAACGCAAGUAUGUCAGGAAGGACAAGAGUCAGUCGAGUAAGAAGAACGACAACGAAGUUGAACCACGCAAACGAAAGCACGUCAAGCAGAACGAAAAGGCCAGUAAGAAAAAGAAGACUGAUCCGGAAUUGCGCGAGAAGUUAUUGGCCGAUUGGGACGAUGAAUCAGACGAAGAAUUAACUGUUAGUGUAAAUAACUCUCUGAACAGCAGUUUAACCAGCAGCAGUUCGCCCACAAAGGAUCAGUCGAGCAUCCACAUUAGUCCAGAAUUUAACGAGGAGAGCGACACUACAACGGACAAUAACGAAAUUAUAGCGGAGACUGAGAAAUUACUUAAGGAAACUGAAGAAUUAUCGUCGAUGCACAUGACACGGGAGCCAUUCGACAAACUGCACGCCUCAACGAGUCUGCGAUUGAGUAGUUUCGACAAGAAAUUCGAUUCUGAGAAGGACCUCAAGAUUGGUACGGCGUCCAACGAAGUGGUCAACAAGUCUCCAAAAAAGGAUACUUUGACUUCCGACAGUGACAAUAAAAAUUUAUCCGGUAAAGAUGACAAAAAGUCAAGACUAUCGUGCUUCGAUUUUGACGAAGACGACUUGAACGAACCGUCUCUGCCCGUACGAAAAAUUCCCCGAGUGUUUGGCGAAAAAAGUUUAUCCUUGAAGAAGGAGAUUAUCAAGGAGUUCGAAAUGAGUCAAGCUCUGAAAAAUGAAGUAAAAAAGAAAGACGUUGAAAAGGUACCCAGUCUCCGUGGCAACAUGGAAUUAAAUAAUGACGAAAUAAUAGCAAUAAUACAAGGUAGCCAGCCUCUACCGGAGAAAAAAGAAACCAAAGCAAUUGAAAAACCCGACGAAGAUGUACAGGAUAAAACGGAGGUCAAGCAAGCAGAAGAUAAAAUAGAGAAGAAGGUUCCACCGUUGGAUGAGAACGAUCAGCGAAAGCCCAAUGUUAGCACUAUCGAAUUUCGAAUCGAGGCGAAAGUUACAGAAAUACAUGACGUUGAAACAGAAAACGAUCAGAACGAUCAUUCUCCGAGUACUAAGAAGAAUAUUGAAAAGCUAACUAAGUCUACCGUGUCUGAAGUAUCAGAUAAGGUCGACGAAGCUCCUGAGAAGAAAGACGAUACAUCUAUGGAUGCGACUACAGCUAACGACGACUUGUCCUUUCAGCCGGAAAAGACCGAUUCGGAAAACGUGAUCGCGGAACCUACUGAGGAUGUAUCCAUAAAGGAGGCUGACGAUACCCUAUCGGAACGUUUUACCACGGAAACUGAGGAUGAGACCGUGUCCGAAUCCGCGGAGACUAUACCUGAGCAGAGCGAAAAUUCGGAUAUCGACAUGGAUCGAGAUCAAAGUGCCGACGACAGCCUUUCGGGAAGCCGUAUAGAUCAGACGAUAAUCAAACGGGGAAGGGGACGACCUCGCAAGAACGCGAAGUCAACUAAUAGAGGCGGCAGCGUAGACAAAAGUCCAAAGGUGAGGGACGGUAGAAGCAACAAGCGAUUCCGCACCAGUGAGAAGAUCGAGAUCGAGCGAAAGACUUCUGACUCUGACACAGAUCGCUCAUACAGCGGCAGAAAGCGUAAGCCGAACAAGAAAUACUUGGAGUCCAACAUUUACGUUCAAGAUCCCGACUAUAAAGCAAUCAAAACCGACGAGAGUCAGUCGGAAAGCGACGACAAGGUUUCCGAGAGAAUCACGAGCAAAUCCAGAAGAGGCAGGCGUUUCAGAGGCGUCGAGAGCAGGACUACCGAGCUCGUCACCCAAAUGAAUAAACAAGAAAUAGAGAUAGCUGAUCAAACGCCAACCAUAACCGAAAAUAGCAUUAAUCUCUUGUCGAUCGACACGAAACCUGAGACACUUGAGAGCAACGUUUCUAAGGAGAGCCCGCUCGCUGAAAAAUCCGAGGAAAAAUCUGAAGAGAUAAAACGCGAUGAACCUGAAGAGUCGCUUGAGAAACCUGCAGUCGAUGAAAUCUCCACUCUAUCGAACGAAGCAGCCAUUGUACAAGUUGACACGGACGUACCAUUGGAAGAUGUAGAAAUGUCAAUGAUGAUGAAAGCUACGAGCGAAACGCCUAAAGUAGAACUCGACGUAGAUAAAACUGUCGACGAGCCAUCGAAUGUACCGAAGGAGGGAAAUUUGGUUGAAGAGAAGAAAAGUACUGAGGAGAACGUUAAAGAUGAAGAUAAAUCACCAGUCGUACAGACAGUCGAAAAUAAGUUGGAAACGCAGCAGGAUUCCCCGAAAACCAGCGUGGACAUGUUGCCACCAAAAAAAUCUCAGAUCAAAAAGUUUGAGUUAUCACAAAUCGAUUUUUUCGACACAGACAUGGUACCGAGUAACAAAACUGUGCAGCCUGAACCGAAGACCGAGCCUGAACCGAAAAUUGAACCUGAACCGAAAAUCGAGCCUGAACCGAAAAUCGAGCUUGAACAGAAAAUCGAGUCUGAACCGAUGAUCGAGACUGAACCUAUAAUCGAGAUCGAACCUGCAUCUAAAAAUGAACCUGAGUCCAAGAUCGAGUCCGAUUCAAAGAUGGAACCGGAGCCUCAGAGUCAAGUUCGCGAGACUCAGCCUCAGCCUGAGUUGAAAAAUGAUAUUGGAAAGAUCAACAAAGAAGACGAGAUGGAAAUAAAAUUAACGAUGGGCAAGAUAACCGACGAGAUCGUGAAGUCUUUGGACAUCGAGCAUGAAGAGCAAGUCCUCGCGAAGACUUCCGAAGUCGAGUCGCCGGAGAAAUCGAAGAAACCCAAGAAAUCGAAUGAGAAAGAGGAGAAAGCACAAGUGGAAGAAGCACCGCAAAAGACGGAGGAUAUUGUUGCGCCGGAGCUAAACACGCCGGAAAAGUUGCUCUCGGCAGAGAAGUCGAACAACACGGAGGACACACUGAAGAGCGCUAUGAAAGCCACGAUCGAGCCGCCACUGACACCCAAGAGGUCUUCCAUACAAACGAGAUAUAAAGGAAAAUUCACUCCGGAAACGGGCGUCAAGGGAAAGAAGGAUAAGGAUUUCGUGGACGAAGGCACGAAACCGGCAAAUACAUUUCAAGAAGCUUUCCUGAAGACUCUGCACAUGGACAAGAAGAAGAUCGAAGAACUUGAAGUGCCUAAGGCGAAGAAAGGGAAGAAGACCACCAAGAAGAAAGCCGAGGAAAUCGAUGUGAAUGUCGCCAUGACAAUCAUAUCAAGCCCAAAAGCCAAUGAGCCGAACAAAGACGCACGAGUCCUCGAGAAUUUUCAAGCCGAUGCGAACGUGAUGUCCGACAUAUCGGUCGUGAGUAACUUCGAGAACGUCGAAAUGGUCGUCGAGGAGAAGUUGGAAGUCGACAACAAGAUCAGGGAGAACAUAUUCGGAGCUGGUGAUCAGCUCGGAACCUCGACUAGCGAGUUCCUUAUCGUGACCAAGCCACCUCUCCAAUCGGCCGUUUCCGAAGGCCAGGCCCCGAAGAAUAUCCCGAACGUGAAGAAAGAAGAGAUCCUGAAAGUGCCUGUGCCUACAUCUUCGUUAUCGCCGUCCGACAUCAGUGUGCCGGUGAAGAAACGCGAGAUGCCGCGUAUAAUAGAAAAUGUAACCUUGACCGAACCCAUGCAAAUAUUGAAGACGAAGCUGCUGGACAAACUACCGCAGAAAGGAAUGAAGCACAAACUUGACUCGGACGUGUCAAAGAAGGGAGACUCGAAGAGCAGCCCUAAAGCCAAGAUCAUGAAGAUAGAAACUCUCCCUUCGAACAGCAAGGCGAAGGGCAGUGUAAAGUCGAGCUCGAGUCCGCACAUAUCCCUGACGAAAAAGCUUCAGGUCUUGAAGACGGAGGAGACUGACGCGCUGUUGGAAGCUCAGAAAGAAAAGCAGAACGUGUCAGCGGCGCAGGACAAAUACGUGCAACAGAGCUCGCAGAGUCUCGCCGACAUAGAACUGGACAUUAACUCGAUGCCGUUCGUCCUCAGCGAUGACGUCCUCACGCCAGAGAGCAUCGAGCAAAUGCCCGUUGUUAUAUCCUCUAUUAUCCCGGCGUCUAGCUCGAUACCAGCUACCCUGUCUUUCACCCCGACCACGCAAAUCGUGUCGCCCACCGCGCAGACUGCGCAAUUCAAGAUCGCGAACGAGACCGUGAGCGAGGCCGUGUCGUCCUCGACGAAGAAGAAGAGCGGCGUGCCGGCGAUACUGAAGAACAAGAAAGCGAGGCCGACCAUCACGAGCGUCAAGACCCUGGUGCCGCCGCUCACCGGUGGCGUGAAGGGCUUGAAGUUUCAGACCGCUCAGCCUGCGAGCAAUACAACGCCACCGCUCUUGACGCAGAAGGGCGCCACCCCGGGGAAGUACGUGGUGGUGCAAACGGCGGGAGGACAACAACUGCGCUACAGUGUUCAGGGUAAGGCCGGCACUCCGCAGAAGAUCGCUAUUCCGACCGGCAAACAGACUGCCGGCAACGCUCAAGUGGUUCAACAAGGCAGCAAGGUUGUCAUACUGACGUCCGCGCAGUCUUGCCAGGCCAAGAUGGUGCCGUUGAACAUCUCCAAGACCCUGAGCGGCAAAGUGCAGAGAAUCGUGACGAGCAAAGGCCAAGUGUUGUGCCCGAUCAGCCCGCAGGGUGGUAUAAUCACCUCCAAGACGAUCCUCGCACCGAAGGCCGAUGUAACUGGCUCGCCCACGACGUCCAAACUAGCCGGCGCUGGUCACAAGAUCAUCAACACACAGGGCAUCAUCACGUCCAAGGCCGUGCUCACUCCGAUCACCGGCAAGACUACAUUACUCGGCACAUUGGCGCAGGGGAUCCUCACGAAGAACAUCUACACCCCGAUCAGCGGUUCGCCCUUAAGCGGGAAGACCCUGAUCGGCCCGAAAGUCGUUACCAAGGGCGCGACUCUCUUGUCUCCGCAGAACUUGAGCGGCACGAAAGCGAUUCUGACUCCGGUGACUCAAACCAUCGCCGGUAAGACUAUCCUGAACACGCAAGCCAUCAUGAGCAGCAAAGGUACCGUCCUCACGCCGAUAACCGGGCAGCAGGUGAAGGCUAUCGCCGCCAAGAGUCCGACCAAGGCCAACAAGGCCCUGCAGUAUCAGCAGGUGCAGCACAAGAUGCAGUUGCAGCCGUUACUGCAGAAGUCGCCCAAGGUGCCGAUAUCGUCUGUGUCUUCGCAAGUGAGGGCGUCGGCGACGGUGAAAUCGCCGGGCAGCAGCACCUUGGUGCUGCAGAACACGGUCGCUGCUGCCGCAGCCACGCAGAAGAUGAGCCAUGGCAAGAAGAUAAAACAGACGAUGGUGCAGCCGGCUGCUACCAUCCAGAGCAUCGCCUCGCCGAGUGGCGCGCAGCAGACGGUAGCUGUGAUGACGCAGCAGGUGCAGCCGAAAACUGGGAAGACUGCCGCGAACAUGCAGAAAGUCAUCAUCCCGCGAAACACCAGUCGCCAGUCGAAGGCGCAGCAGAAGAUCGUGAUGCAGAAGAUGCAGGAGCCGGUCGUGUCCACGGUGCAGGGUCUCCACGGGAAGCAAGUGAUCGCCGCGACUUCGGCACCGAUGCCGAUCACCGCCAAGACUGUCGUCCAGUCGAAGCAAGCGACUCCCACGAAAGCAUCAAGCAAGUCCCAUUCCUCGAGCAAGUCGCAGAAGAAUCUACUGAACGUCGCCAUGAACUCGAUAGGUACCGCUACGACGAACACGAGUAUCAUCACGACCUUGACUCUACCGUCGCUCGAGUCGAUCGACACGGAGAAGAAGGUGAAGACGGAGCCGCCGCAGCACGUCGACGCUGGUCAGAAGGAGCCAGGCAAGCUCGAGAAACUGCAAACCGAGAAAAACGUCGAUGCGACCGACAAAACGGAGGAGCCGAAAGUCGCCGCGCAACCGCAGAUCAUGGCUUUGCCGACGGAAAGCAGCGACGGCACACAAACCUACGUCUUGGUGACGAUCGACGAGCAAGGGCAGAUACAGCCUUUGGAUAACAAUACUUUAAUGUCGUUGGAAGGAACCACGCAGAACCAAGACGGCACGAGGACUCUGUACAUAGACCCUAGCUCGUUGGGAGAGACUGGCACCUUGGACAACAUCGUUCUCCAAUUCGACAACGGUAUCUUGCCGAACAUUCAAACCAACGCGACGACGGAACCUAGUCAGACGAUCAUAUCGGAGAGCUUCCCGGCGUCGGAGGUGAUUCAGACGUCCAACCAAGACAUCCUCGCAGCUGCACUCGCCAACACCGACUUCCAGCAGGAGAUCAGUCUACCGGAGAACCAAACGGGCAGCGUCAUGACCACCGGUCUCACUCAGGCGAGCCUCAUCAAUCAAACUAUUCUGCAAUCGACGAUUAUACCACCUACGCAGCCGAUAUCCUCGCCGUCGGUGCUCGAGACCUCGUUGACGUUGAACCAGCCGAUCAUGACUCCUCUCGAAGUACCGAGCAACUUGCCCAUCCAGUCGGACUCGACCCCCACGUCGUCGACGGUGGUCUCCACGAUACCGUCCUCCCUUGAGUUACCGAUCACCAUCACGAACCCCAACAUCUCUUAUAUAUCAGCGAAUGAGGCGCAGAUACAGAUCCCCGGCAACUCGAUGCCGGAUAUCGGAGAGAUCAUGGAGAGCCCGGUGGGUGGUAGUGCGGAGAUAGACCGCACGGAGGAUAUCUCUGUGAGCACCCAGUAUCUGGUGAUCCCCAAUCUGGAGGACAACAUCGCGGUAGCGGCGGCCGCAGAGACGCGGAACACCGAAAUCGCGUUACCGUCCGCCUCGUACUCGGUCACGAUGCCGAACAGCAUCGUCUUGGAGAGCUCACAGGUGCAGACAACCCCGUCGAUGCCGAUCAUCGACGACACAUAUACAACCGACAACAGCCAGUUCGCCGGCACAUCGAUCGUCGCCGACCAGACAUUCGUGGACGUGCCGGUCUCGGAGAUGUUGGUCUCGAAAGCACCGGUCUCCGUGGAGAGCGCGCAGUCGCAGGACAUCACGGUAACAUCGGAGAUGAUCGUCUCUUCGCACCAGGUGCCGGCGUCUUCCCCGCAGAAGUCGAUUGUAUCGACCAACGAGUCCAAGAGCUUAGACACUGAGCAGACGAUGACGGUGCAGGAAGUCUACUCGUCGCACGAAGUUCCCAUCACGUCCGAGGAACUGAUUCUGCAGCAGCCGGUCAAAGAGGUCGGCGCUUCUUCCUCGAGCGCGAUGGAAGUGACACAGGAGGCGGAAGCGGCGGAUAAAGAGAGCGACCCAUCGAUGACGACCGGUUGCUCGCCGAUGAUAGACGAGACCCUAGUGACAUCCGAGUCUACUUCCAGGGUGGAACCUAUGGAACAGGUAGUGGCUACAUCGAACGAGGUGGAGACGACUCCGCAAGUUCUACCAGCCGAGUCGCUGAAUCCGUCCAACGACACAGCGAUGGAGGUGGACGAAGAAGCGGUGCAGUCGGGGGGAGAGCUUUACGCCGGUAGUAGCACAACCACGCGUCCGGCGGACUGUCAGAGGGACGAACCAUCGUCGCAGGAGGAGACGUCGUCCGCGCGUCGUCUACACGAGAACGUGAAGCUGCACUUCGAGGAGGAGACGGGUACGGAGGCUGUUAGUCAAGAAACGCCGACGCAGUCGCAGUACGAGCAGUUCAGCUCGGCGUCGGUAACCAGCGACUCCGCGGAUCUACCUAGUCAGUCGGCCGCCAAGAGCUCUGAAAGCACGGCCGAGGCCACUCAAUCGAGCAUCAUCACGUAUGAGCCGAUGGAAACAGAUGAGGAGGAAGCCGUCGUGGCGGAGCCGCCGACUCAAUCAUUCGAACACUCGAAAGUCAACGAAGCGUCGCAGUCGUACGAGACGUCGGCGGAGGCGAAUGUGAACGCACCGACGCAAUCGUUCAACGAGAUCAUGCAGAGCCAGGAGGAUCGUCCGAGCGCCGACGAGACGGUCGACGACCAGAGCUUUCCCACGCAGAGCUACGAAGUCGACAAGGGUGAGAACGCGCCGGAAAACUUGGAGACUGACGCAGAAAUCAGUCAGGAGGGCAACGUGCCGUCGCAGUCGAACGACAUCGGCGUCGACGGUAUCGGCACGUCGUCCGUGUCGACGAACAAUUCUGGACUGAACGAGGACGAGACCGCGAGCUCGUCCUAUGUGCCGGAGACUCCUGAGAACCAGGAGAGAGACCAGGAGGAUCAGGAGAGCGCGAUUAGCACUUCGUCGUAUGAGAUACCACCGUGCGAAGAGCUCAACAUCGCCUCGUCCAGCGUGAUACCGGACACAUCAGUCAGUGCAGAACACAGUAACAUACAUGACAACGGCGUGCCGGAGAUACCCACCUCGUCGUACAAUCUGAAUCCAGAUAUCACGUCGACUCACGUGGAUUCCGGACCGACGUCCAGUUAUGAGGAUCAGGUGAUAGUCGAGCAGAACGUAUCUACGUCAUAUGAGCCAAUUUCGAUGCCUGGUUUGGACGAGACCUGUUCACAGAACUUCGUCACCGAGAGCACCGAUCACAGGAACGAGCCGUCCAGCUAUUACGCCCAUCACCAGGAAGUGACGGCGAGUUACUACGAGUCCGUCGACCAAGACGCGAACUCCCGGCUGGAGGGAAGCGACCCGCACGAGGAGGUGACGCCUGGCUACUACGAGGGCAAUCCGCAGGAGGUGAGCCAGAGCUACUUCGCACCGGCCGAAGAGACGCCGAACUACACCAGUCACAGCAUCUCGCCCAGUUAUUACGAUCCCAGACCCGAGAGUGAGGCGAGCCAAAGUUACUACUCCACGGACGAGCUGGACAAGACGGAGCAGUCAUCCUCGCCGAAUAUCGAGGCGUCGCAGAGCUUCUAUCAGGAGAGAUCGGGCGAGCUGAGACUGAGACAGCAAGGCGAGGCCACUCCGACCUAUUCGGAGGGCUACCCGGUGGAUUACACGUUGGAGAAUUCACCGAUCGAGAGGCAUGACCUCGUGGAGAGCUCAGUGCCGGCCACCAGGUCUAUGGAAAGGUAAUAUAUUGUGAGGGUCGAUGGCGUCGAGGAGAGAAGAGUCCUAUAAGACAUGGCCGCCACCGCGGCUACCAUCGACAGCAUACAAACUCCUCCACGCUCUACCCUUUGCCCCCCCCCCCUCCCCCAAGUCUAUUUUCAACUGUAAAUAUUACGUUAAGAUAUACACAGUUAAGCGCUUAGAUUUUAAGACGAAAUCUAGACCUCUUUCAGGCUCCGACGCACAAGACAAACGCACUCCUUAGCGCGCGCGUGUGUCUGUGUACGUUGAAAUAAAGGGAAAAGGAAGUAAAGUAACGGGUGUAAUUGUGCGGAUGUUGUGUAAUUUGCUAUUAGAAUCUACGUACGUAAGAGUUAUAUAUUAGGAUUACAUACACAACACACACACAUACAUAUACAAACACACACAAUAUACACACACACGCAUAUUGUGGUUUUAUUUGCAUUAUUCGUUACGAUUUUUAUUUCAUCGAAACGUUUGACAUAACGAAGAUACAGGAGGAGUGUCCAUACAAUCGCUAGAAUAAAAGCAGCGAGCUAUUUAUACAAAUGAAUAAUACAUUACUAUUCCUUUUUUUUUUCUUUUUUUGGAAAUAUAAAGAUUUGUAUCAUGCGGCCAAUUUUUGGUUUCCGCCAAUAUCGCUGUAUGUCCACGAGAUGAGGUAGCGUGGGUAAAAUUACAGAGGACGAUCGCUCUCCCCUGAGAAAAUCCUUUUUCUUCUUGCAAUAGAAUGAUAGUCGAAACAAUGCUCGAUGAUAAAGGAAGAUACAAAAGACAAAGAGAAUCGUCCGAUACAUCGGACAUCCCUGGAUUUUACUGCUACUUCACGGUGUCAAAUCAUAGUGAGUUGUUUGUUUACGAGUUGUAAGAGAUGAGAGUUCAUGUGAUUGUAUAAAGCAAAGAGCACAAUAUUUCUGAUAAUAUGCCAAUAAUAGUGUGCGCUCUACAAAUCAAUGGAAACCUGAGGAAUGGAAAGUUUUUCUUUAUCUCUCUCUUUCUCUAUCUUUCUGUCUCCUCUCUUUCUCUCUCUCUCUCUCUCUCUCUCUCUCUCUCUCUCUCUCUCGGGCUAUAUUGUUUGAAGACUUAACUUUCGCAUAUAAGUUGCGUCGUGCCCUCGAUUUGCUCAAUGUGGAAGUGUUUCUUUUUUUUCAAUGGUUGUGCGAAUCGCGAUGAGAUAAGGUGCGUGCUGUGCGAGGCUUUGAGCGAAACGAGGAUCGUGCUAUAUUUAGACUUACAGUUUAGUUCAUAGACGAAAUAAUAUACAUGAAAAAUAAAAAAUUGCCUAUUAUUUCACUUAUAUAUAUAUCGUGUAUCUUGCAUGUGAGAAGAGGGUGAUUGUGCGAAAAGACGGUGUAAAAGAAUGAGCAAAGGGUUCUGUUUGAAAAUCUGUCGUGUCUGAGAUAAUAUGCCUAAAAUUAGUGCGGGAUUUACUGUAAUUUGUACAAGGGAACGGUUUCUUAUGCCGAACACGUGGUGCACGCUUUUAACGAGAAGAUCAAGUAGCAUGAUGCGCGAGGAAUUUUAAUUGCCUGGGACGAAUUAAGAACCGAUCCAAGAUUUUUGUUGUGUGCAAUCCUCUCAAGCAAGGCAGAUUUACCAAAAUGUCAUAAGAAAAAUUAUAUUAUAUUCUUUAUAGUCUCAUGUUAUAUAUAUAUAGAUAUAUAAUCAAGAAUAAAUCUAUGUUUUUAUUUCUCGUGGCGUUUUAAUUACGAUCACGUAUGUAUAUAUACAUAUUGCGUUGAUAAAGAUCAGGGGAAAAUGAAGAUGUGAAUAUAAUCACGUUGUCGCGCUAAAUAACAAGAAAUCGAUAUAUUAUCGUGGAGCAUCGAGAAGAAUCUGAAAACUUUUUCAACAACCGACUGAAUUGUUAGGAUUCUUUAAUUAUCCACAAAUUUUAAUAUAAUUUGUUAGAAUGGUAGGUAAAUGUAUUUUCCAUUGUAAAGAAUUAUAUUAAAGUUCGUAUACUUCUCUACGGAUAACACGACGAAAACUAUUAUUACGUUUUCUAUUAAAGAAAAAAAAAGGGAAAUAAACUUUAUGAUAUAGUCAUAGGAAGCA